AUGGCUACAGCAAUCAAGGCGGCCUGGGCAUAUGUCUUAACACAAGAAUCUGGGAAGACGGAUGUGCUAUUUGGGCAAGUCACAAAUUUUCGGGCCGCCCAACCGGAAGCAGGGCAGGGUAUCAUCGGAAUGUGUCUCAAUAUGACGCCUGUGCAAGUUUCAAUCAAACCGACUACCCGAGUUCGUGACCUUCUGGCCAUGAUCCAAUAA